AUGUCUGCCCCCUCUGAGAGCGCAGCGAGCCCUGCACCGUGCGCAUGCACCAAUAUAUCGCUUAUGCAAUUGUUCCAUGAGCUCAAACAGAAGUUUCCUGGAGUACCUGAUCAUGUUGUUUCAAACACGAUCGAAUUGUACUGUCACGAUAAACAAGCCUGCGAGAAACAUCUCCACAGUGAAGUCAAGGCCUCCCUAACGCAUGCCUACCAUGCCUCCUCGUCGGCAGCCGCGCGCCAGCUCAAUGAACUCAGGCUCAACCUGCCCAUCAAGUGUCGCAACCAGCCCAUAGUGAAGCAUGAAGCUGUCAAAUCUACAGCACUCAAAUCUAUCACUUGUGAUGGCCCUCAGAAAGCGAUACUGAGCUCUGUUACUGAAACAACUGAAAAACCAACUAAGCUAAACACUGAUGCCAAUCAAAAUAUUGUGGAAACAAAAAAUGAGGAAACCAAUAGGAGCAACAACAACAUAUCGCCAGUCACUGUAAUCAAUAUUGACAACUGUUAUGCAAAGUACAACGCUGAGUCUCCUAGUGACUUGGAGCUAACAAACGAGAACUCGAAAGAAGAGAAAGUUGUACAGUCACAAGAAGAAAAACUUGUUUCUCCACAACCAGAAGAAAAAGACCUUGAACAACCAGAAAGUACCAACUAUAAGAUUUUAAAGAGUCAUAAAAUUAAAAAUAACUUACAUGAAAGAUUAGAAAAAGGAAAGGAGAAGAAAACUAUUAAAAAAGAGGAGACUCAACCUAAACAAGUGAGCCCACAAGAAAAGCCAAAGCGGCCCAACACAUUAGAUUUCAUUAAACCAAAUCCAGAUAUUGCAUUUAAACAGACAUUAAAGGAACCAGAGGUUGAUACUUGUAGGACAGUGUCACCAGCUCCAUCUGUGGUGAAAGAAAGUCAGCCUAAGGAAAACAAAAGUAAUACAAAUUUCAGACCAGAACGGGGCUACCCGUUAAACUUGUCAGUUAAUGUCAAUUGUCAUAUGGACUUGAGUCGUGCUUAUGGUGAUCCUUGGUUAGAAGAUUAUGAUAGCCCGAGAGCUAUAACAUCUGUGAAUUUAACUGUUUGUACUCCAACCUCAAAUAUGGCUAGUCCUGUAAGAGAUACGCGGGAAGAUGACGGGGGUUUCGAGGGUCACGUGACAGUGACGGUGAGCCCGAGCACCACGCGGCCCCCUCGUCGCAGGGCUCCACCGCCGCCUCCGCAUCCUUCGCGGAUCGAGUCACCAAGACCCAGCAGAUCAGCGCCUGAACCCCCGGGAUCUAUUACUAUUGAUCGUGCCUUGAUCGAGCGUCAAAAAGAAAGGCUCGAACGACUAGCGAUGGCGCUGGCGCAGGAGAAGGGGCGGCUCACCCAGCUGACGAAGGAAACGCGGAUACUGGCUGGGCCGCCCCCCACCGUGUCGGCGACGCAACGGCUUCGUGACGACGUCGAGCGACUGCGGAACCAAUGCGGCACCCUUGCAAAAAGACUGGAGAUGUCUGGUCAUGAGCCGGACGACGCUGGGAACUUCUACAGCAACAUCUACACGGGGCAGCGACCCUCGUCCUCCUGGCAGUGCCACAUGUGCACGUUCAGGAACCAUCCGCUCCUCGACAAGUGCGAGGAGUGCGACAUGCCGCGGAUAUUCGUAGGUACGUCUCCCCCUAAGACGCACGACUCGGGCUUCGGCUCAUUCCGGGAUAGGAACCGGCGCGGCGCCGCCUCCAUCGAUGAUCUUCCCCACUCACUAACACAGACUCAGUCGGCCUAG